AUGGAUGUUACGGAAUUUCUGAACCGCACUGACCGCCGUAAUCUAAAGUCUCAAAUAGACUUUCAAGUGGCCCAAAAGAUGCGUGAAUGGUACCAGGAUGUGGAUAAUCGUCGCAUGAAUUUGAGCUUGCUCCUCCAAACCGAAGCUCUGCAGGAGGAUGAGGAAAUUGCGGAAAUCCUCCAGGAGCAAGCUGAUGAGGCGGAACGAAAACGACGCGAAUGGAUAGAAAUGGAGCGUCUUAAGAGAGACCAAGCCGAAAAAGAACUGGUUAAAGUUAAGCAACAGCAAAGGGAGAUUGAAAACUCAGAGGCCCAUUGUCAUAUGCAAACGAAGGAAAUCCUCUUGGAAACCAAACAAGCUCAGCUCCAUCAAAUCGAGGAAAAGAAGGCUUUGAAACGCCGACAAGCCUGCGUGGAAGUCCUUUGGCAGCGUGUUUGGCAGAGACUGGACGAAAGUCGGGCCCAACAGGAGCAAUAUGAGCUGAAGCUGAGGAAUUUGAUUGAGGGGAGAUGCCAGGCCCAGAAUCUGGAUAGAGACAGAGAGCUAAAGACUCAGAUGGCCCAAGAAGUGCUUGCCGAUCAAAGGGAAUGUUCACAAAACUUGGAACUUGCCAAUGAAAUGGAUGCCCUAAAAAAGCAACAAGAACUGAAAAAAACAAAGGACAAACGUCGCCAGCAACUCACUGAUUUGCAGGAUCAAAUAAAGCUCAAUCUUAAGAUUAAUGCCAAUCGUGCCGAGGUUAAUCUUCGGGAGGAUCGAGUUUAUAACAUACUCGAGGAUCGACAGAUUUACGAGGAGCUUAUGCAGAAGCACUGCGCCAGGGCCCAAAAUCGUGAUUGGCACCAGAGGUAUAUGACACAUACCGCCGAGGAGCGUGCCGCUCGCCAGGAGCAGGAUCGGAGGAGGGAACAGGAUUAUCUUGGCACUGGGUGUGUGCUCAGCCAGCAGCAGAAGCAACCAUAUGGCAGGGAAGUGCGUUAA